AUGGGAAGUUUCCAGCUGCAGGACUUCGUGGCAGGCUUGGUGGGUGGAGUUGCCAGCGUGGUUGUGGGCCAUCCCCUGGACACCAUCAAGACUCGUUUGCAAGCUGGACAAGGAUAUGGAAAUACACUCAACUGCGUUCUCACUGUGUACAGAAACGAGUCUGUGGCUGGCUUCUUCAAGGGCAUGUCCUUCCCACUGGCCAGCGUUGGAAUCAACAGCUCCGUGGUGUUCGGCGUCUUCAGCAACACACAACGACUCCUCAGCCAACUGCGCCACGGAGACCCAGCCAGGACACCAUCACUUACUGACAUGGCUCUGGCCAGCAUGGUGGCAGGGUUUGUCUCUGUGGUCAUUGGCACUCCUGUGGAGCUGGUAAAGAUAAGGCUACAGAUGCAAACACAGCCAUACGUCAAAGCAAAGGUUAAACUAAAGCCCACAGCUCCUGGAUUUCCUGUAUACCGUGGCCCAUUUCACUGCUUUAGGACAGUUCUACAAAAAGAGGGGAUAGCAGGAAUAUACCGAGGCACAGGAGCAAUGCUUCUGAGAGAUGUUCCUGGUUACCUCUUCUAUUUCGUCCCUUACACAAUUUUCUGUGACUGGAUGACUCCUGAGGGAUGUGUUUCUCCUAGUCCCUCCUCUGUCUGGCUGGCAGGGGGUGUAGCAGGAGCCAUUUCCUGGGCAACAGCUACUCCAAUGGAUGUGGUGAAAAGUCGACUUCAGGCAGAUGGAGUUUAUUUAAACAAGUACAAAGGGACCCUUGACUGCAUCUUGCAGAGCUACCAGAACGAGGGCUUAAAAGUCUUUUUUAGGGGCAUCACGGUCAAUACAGUGCGAGGAUUCCCAACGAGUUCAGCCAUGUUUCUUGGCUAUGAACUUUCCCUCAAAGCAAUGAAAAGAGACCAAACUGAGACCAAUCCCUAA